AUGCGCGUUAUCGCCUCUGCUCCCACUGCUCCGUCGCGAAACCCGCCGCGGGCGUCGUACUCGUCCCUCGGAGGGAGAACAGUGCGCUUGGAGGCUCCGGAUGAGCUGACGGGCCGCUGGGAUGGACCCGUGUACGCAACGAUUGGUCGUGAUCCGGUUCUGCGGGAGUCUGCAUCCAGCCCAUUCUUCGACGAUGCUGACGGAUUGAAGCGGCCUGCCUGGCAGGCCACCCUCACGUUUCUGCUGCCUGGUCAGCGCCGAUCGGACGUCGACCCCGCGCUCCAGGAGCACCUCCUGGAGCGCCCCCUUCUUUCAGUCUUUCGGUUCCUACGGUUUUCUCAGUUCUUCGUGGCCUCAACUGAUUGUGACACCAAGUUCGUUCGUCACACCUCCGAGGUGUACUUAUGUGGUCAAGUCCUCUCCUACGUUCGAGCUUCGACCAUCGUUUUGGUGGAUGACAUCAACCUUGUGCUGGAUCCGGGAUGCAGUUACUUGUGUAUGCCAAACCAUCUCACGUGA